AUGAAUUUUUCUGAGUCCAGAAAGCUAUUUAAAGAGCUAAGAAGAAAAUGCAAGGAUAUAGAAAUUGAUGAUAGAAAACUUGUUGAAAUACAUCAAAAGCCCCUUGUUUACAGUGCCAAAGAUCUUGGUGAAGAAGAGGAUGAUAUCAAUAAAGAUCAAUUGGAGACUAUUGGUGCAGAUAUAUUCAAUACACCACUAUAUGAGUUUGAAGCGCGUAUAAAAGAAAAGGUCGAUAAAUCAAAUGAUACGUUAGCUAAAAAAACAUACGAUAAAGAAAUUAAGGAUAUUAAGAAAUUCAAGAUCAGCGAAAAUGAGAAAUCAGAUAAAUUGGAUGAACUUGUCAACCAUUUAAAUUCAAAAGCCAAGAAAAGAUAUAAGGUUCUGAAAAAGAAAACAGAGCGUGAUGAGCAAUUUGCGGGUGGGUUUAUCAACGAUAGGAAUAGACAGUUUAAUUCAAAGUUAAACAAAGAACGUCAAAAUGAAGGUUCUUAG